GUUCUGUCUACUCUAUAACUGGUUAACAACAUAUCCAUCUCGUCUCGGUCGACUCAGUAUUUCUCUCAGGCACAUAAGUCGGCAUAUACCUACCCAACAUCGCCAGCGUGUCAUGGCACGAUAUGCUGCCUGACUUGGACAGCAAAGGACGCAACACUGCAGAGACGAAUUCGAUACCUACUGCUCAAAAUACUACCGGUCUUGUCCGUAAAACUGUCAACGUUCCCAAUGAUCCGACAAUACCUGUCCAGCAACCGACUGUAACUGGCAACAUUUCCGUCCCAUCACUCGACACAGUCCCUCCGCCUGCCACAAGCUUGUCUAUUCACAGUACGAAACGAAAAGUACCUGACAACCACGAUACUUCUGAAGACCCUACCGGUAAGAAAAAAAGGACGGACGACGAAGACAAGGACGGACAAUUUAUACGUUAUGCAACCGCGUCUGGUGCGUCGAAUAAACCUCAAAAGAACAAGGAAAGAGCCAGAUCCGGCAGUACUCGCCCGUCCGCUCCCGGCAAUUCACCUGUUCAGCCCAGACGCUCCGGCGCGUGUGCACCGGCUUAUCUCGGUUCUUCCACGAAGUUAUCGUCUGCUGAGAUACAGCUCCUCGCAGAAACGCUCGCCUUCGAUAUGUGGUUACGAGACAUGGACGGACAUAAAGAUUCCUCACUAGUAUGUGUAGUCUACUACUACUACACCGGUUGUUACUGUACCAGUCGCUGUAUGAUAAUCGCAUAA